CGUAUGUUAAUAUAUCUAUUUUUCUGCAACAUACAGAAGAGUAUGGAGUUCCAUUUCCAGAUCGAUGUAGCUUAUAUAUUUACGUCAGAUAACAUGAAAAUACAAAAAUAAAAUGAAUUCUGCACUGUUUUGAUUUGGUCCAGGAGCAGAUAAUACCAGAACCACUGUCAAAACUAAACAAUGCGUCAUCAGAAGCAGUGCAAUCUCACAGCAACAUAUGCAUUGUUGAAACAGUCAAAGGCUUGGUUUCCCACAUUACAUGAUUUGGUAAAAAGAUUGGGUGGUUCGAAAUUUGAGUAGUAUAUAUGUCACAGUAGCCUAUCCAAUAGAACACACAGAAUCACCAAAAUUAGCAAGCUCUCAAAUUCAGUUCCUAUACUUGUCACCAUGACUUUCAUCAAGCUCACUCUUCUUGCAAUGAUAAUAGCCUUUUUCUCUGUUAAACUCUCCUGGGCUCACCCUGGCUUUCGUUUCGGCCGGGGUGGUCAUCAUGGAGGAAUAUCUUUUGGCCUUUCACCUCAAUUCUAUCAGUUUUCUUGCCCCCAAGCUAACGACAUUGUCAUGUCAGUGUUGGAGAAGGCCAUUGCAAAAGACAUGAGAAUGGCUGCUUCUCUACUUCGACUUCACUUUCAUGAUUGCUUUGUACAGGGCUGCGAUGCAUCAAUUUUGUUGGAUGAUAGCAGAACAAUAGUCAGCGAAAAAAAUUCUGGACCUAACAAAAACUCUGUCCGAGGUUUCGAAGUGAUCGAUGAAAUCAAGUCUAGGUUGGAAGAAGCAUGUCCUCAGACUGUGUCCUGUGCAGACAUUCUUGCUCUUGCUGCUAGGGGCUCCACUGUUCUUAGUGGAGGACCUAACUGGGAACUCCCAUUAGGGAGAAGAGACUCAAAAACAGCAAGCCUAAGCGGGUCAAACAAAAAUAUUCCUCCACCAAACGCCACCAUUGAAACUCUGAUAACAUUUUUCAAGCGUCAGGGGCUUGAUGAAGUAGACCUUGUUGCCCUCUCAGGUGCACAUACCAUUGGAGUGGCAAGAUGUGCCACAUUCAAGCAGAGACUAUACAACCAAAAGGGAAACAACGAACCAGAUGAGAAUCUAGAAAAAUCCUUUUACUUUGAUUUGAAGACAAUGUGCCCAAAAUCAGGAGGUGACAACUUCAUUUCUCCCUUGGACUUUGGCUCCCCAAGAAUGUUUGAUAAUACAUAUUUCAAACUCAUUCUCAGGGGGAAAGGACUUCUUAACUCAGACGAAGUGCUUCUUGUGGGAAAUGUUAAGGAAACUCGUAAGCUGGUCAAGAAAUAUGCAGAAGAUGAGAGCCUCUUCUUUGAGCAAUUUUCCACCUCCAUGAUCAAGAUGGGCAACCUUCGUCCUCUCACUGGAUUCAAUGGUCAAGUUAGGAAAAACUGUCGCAGAGUUAAUUAACGAA